AUGACAUCCAACAAUAUAACAAAUAUAAAAUACUUUGUCAUUACUGGAUUUCCUGGACUUCAACCUCAGUAUUAUGGACCUGUAUCAGUUCUUCUUCUCCUUGUGUUUCUUGCUAUAAUGAUUGGAAAUGGUUUAACUUUAGCUACAAUCACAUUUGUACAAACUCUUCACAAACCAACAUAUUUGAUCUUUUGCAACCUUGCAAUGACAGACCUGGCGUUUGGCACUGUGACUCUUCCCAGAGUCAUUGCCAGGUAUUGGUGGAAUGAUGUAAUAUCAUCUUAUAUUGCUUGCUUUACACAAAUGUACUUUGUUCACGCUUUGGGCGCUAUUCACUCUUUAAUUUUGCUGAUGAUGGCUCUGGAUCGAUUUGUUGCUGUUUGGUUUCCUUUCCAAUAUCUUGUUUUAUUCACAAACAAAUCAGUUUCAAUUUCUUGUGCCUUGUGUUGGAUUCUAACUCUAAUUCGCAUGGCAGGAAUUGUGUUUAAUGCUUCGACUUUACCAUACUGUGAUGUCAACGUUAUCAUGCAGUGCUACUGUAAUCACAUAUCAAUAACUCGGCUGGCGUGUGGUAAUCGCCUUGCAUUUAUUAAUGAAGUUGCAAUUGCUAAUGCAAUGGUCACCCUUAUGUUUCCUUUAUCGUUUAUCAUUUUUUCCUAUUUUUCCAUCUUCAUAGCCGUUCUCAGAAUAUCUCAAGUUGAGAGACGCCAUAAAGUUUUGUCCACUUGUGCUCCCCAGCUCUUUAUUACCGGCCUUUAUUAUGUGCCUAGAAGUUUUGUCUAUAUUGCCAACAAUGUGGGAUUUCAUUUCAGUAUUCUUGCUCGUGUAGUAAUUACAAUGAUGUACAGCCUCAUACCUGCUGCUGUUAACCCACUGAUAUACUGUUUCAAGACUGCAGACAUUAAACAGGCUUUGAUACAGAGAGUUAAAAAUGCCAAAAUAGGCAUUACAGGUUAA